AUGCUUCUCAGCCACAAUCGUCAACACAGAAUCAAGGUUUAUACCCUCCUCCUCAGGAUAAUCAAUAUAAUUCUCCAAGUUUUCCACAACCACAACCUUAUCUAUCUCCACAAUCUUCACAAUCUUAUCCUCAACGGCCACAUUCUUAUCAUGGAGAAUCACAAUCAUAUCAACCUCAACCUUAUUCUUCACAACCUUAUCAAUCAUCCCAAUCGG